AGGUAAUAAUUCCAAAUGUCUGCUGCUCUCCGCCAAAGUGAGCUCACCAUCCGAACAUGUAUUCUCUACGAAGUACUCGACAAAAAACCAAUUAAACAGUCCUUUGACAAUUUUCGUAGAAAAGUUGGAAAUGACGUCAUCUCAUAUUAUGAGUUUGAAUUUUGGUUCUAUCGAUUUAACAACGGAAAUCAUGACUUGCACUAUGAUCGAAGCGUCAAUCCAGUUCCACGUUUGCUGUCAGGCAUGCCUCUUAACGUGAUCAACGAAGUUUUAAAUCACCUGGACCUUAUCGAUUUAAUAGCUCUGAUGAAAGUGUCUCGGAAUUUUCGGCGCGCUGUUCAAAACAUGAAAGUUUGUGUGAUCGAAAGUCUUGUCGUACAGUUGUUCGAAGAAACAGAUUGCACAAAAAUCAUUUACAACUUGCGCUAUAAAUUCGAAUAUCGCCAAAAUGAUGCAGGCUGUGAGGUUACCUUCUUUGCCAGAAACGGUGACAUCUUCGAAAAACAAAAAGUUGUGGCUGGCGGGAACUACAUAGAGCUAUGCAACAAGGAUCUCAAGUUGAUGGUGGAAAGUGGAAAGGCUCAAAUGGAAUUAUUUAGGCUUGACAAUAAAGGAAUUCAGAAAAAAUCCCGCAAAAAGUUCAUAGCCGGUAUCGAAAAAGCUCUCAAUUCGGCGAAAAACUUGUCGUCAAAAACUGUGCAAACCCAAUUCGUUUCAUAUCCAGAACUUGCCCAACUGUUGCCCAUUUUCCCUGCGGAAAAACUGAAAAAACUUAUACUGAAUGGAUUGGACGGUCGAGAAUAUGAACAGCUGAUUGAUCUGGAUCAAUGGAAAAAGGCGAGAAUAUUUCAAGGAUUUGAGGGGGAGUUAAAUGUUCCGAUUGAGCACUUCUUGCAUUUCGAGUGGCUCGAUGUUCAUCUCGCAACAUUCACAGAUGAAGAUGCAAUGAAGCUUCGUGAUAUGAUCGACAGAUCAGCUCACUUCGUUUAUGCUGAAAUUCAAUACACACGUAUGAACAUCGAUAGACUAAAGAGAGUCUUCGAUGUGCACAGUGUGGAGCACAAUCACAUUUACGAAACUCCGGACAAAAGAUCUUUCUAUGUUGCAUUUGGUCAAUUUAUGAUCCAAAUUACAAAACCCGGAUAUCAAUUCGACUACAACUACAAGCUCUAAAUUGAGACUUUUUGUCAAAUGUUCAAUUUGAUUUUUAACAAAAUAAAGUUUUGCCAAUUUGUAA